AGAUGGCGACUGGAAUGAGCUGGCAGCAUCAACAGCAUUAUUAUGGUUCAGGGGCUUCUGCUGGAGGUGCCAAGUUUGUGCCCUCUUCCCCUGGUGUCAUGACACAUCAAUCUGGCAUGAGCAUGGAGUACACUGCAGAACUGCACCUUAAGAUGAGCAAGAAGAUAGCACAGCUGACAAAGGUCAUAUAUGCCUUAAACACCAGGAAUGAUGAGAAUGAAUCAGGAGUUCAGGAGAUCAAAGAAGCUCAUGAGGAAGAAAUUCAGCAAAUACUAGCAGAAACACGUGAAAAAAUACUACAGUACAAGAAUAAGGUCUCUGAGGAAGCAGAUCUCAAGAGAAGGAUCCAAGCAUUAGAAGAAUCAUUGGAGGAGCACAAAAAGAUGAAGCACCAAGCACUUACUGAAUUUGAAGUCUACAAACAUAGGGUAGAGGACAUGCAACUAUGUGCUGAAGCUCAGCAUGUACAGAGGGUUGUGACCAUGUCCAGAGAAGUGGAGGAGAUAAGAAAGAGAUUUGAGGAGAGAAUACGGAGUUUUAUGCAGCUUCAGGUACAAUUUGAGAAGGACAAACGCUCCGCCCUUGAAGAACUUAGAGCAAGUCAUAGAUUAGAAAUCCAAGAGCUAUUGAAAGCUCAGCAUAGUCAAAAUGCUGCAUUAAACAAGGGGCAAGAAAUGGAGGAGUUGCAUCGUUUACAAGUGGAGGAACUUAACAGCAAACUAGAAGACCUGCGCCUAGAGAGAAAAAAAUUAGUGGAUGACUAUGAAGGGAAACUGAGUAAAGCACAAGCUUUCUAUGAGCAUGAACUUGAAGCUUUAAAAAGAUCACAACUGUUUACAGCAGAGAGUUUACAUCUCUGCAAACAGAAAGAAGCUGAGAUGAAAAGAGAAUUUCAAAACCAAGAAGCCAUUUUACAAAAGAAUUUGGGAAUCCUUAAAACUGAGUUUCAAAUUGUACAGGAAGAAGGAGUUAGUGUAAAAGAAAAGUGCCAAAAACUUCAAGUAUCCUUAAGCACAGCAGAAAACAAUGUACAGGCUCUUCAAAAACAGCUGGAAAACGUAACGCAAGAGGAGAUGUCUUUACUUAGCAAAAACAAAGACAUGGAGAAUGAACUUGCAGCUGUUCGGGAACGUCUACAGCAGCAGGCCACAGAACUUGUACUUAAAGCAAGUCACAUUGGGAUGUUGCAAGCCACUCAGAUGACACAAGAAGCUACCAUACAAGAUCUUGAGUCAGAAAAAUCUCGGAUAAAGGAAAAAAUUGCCAGACUAGAGGAAGAAAGAUCUUUACUACAAAGCAAAAACCAAAACCUUGAUGAGCGACAAAGGCAACAAAUACAUGCACUGGAGAAGAAGAUCAAUGAUGCGAAGCAGACCCAGCGCGAAUGCUAUGAGAAGGAGCUGAUUAACCUGCGCAUCAAAUUUGAGGAGGAGGCCGUGCUGCUAAAAGAGGCUCAUGCAAAGACGUUAGAAGAGAUGUCAUGGAAACAUCAAGCGGCGCUUGAGGCAGCACAAAACACUACAAAUAAGGAGAAGAAAAAACUACAGAUGGAACUCCAGCAACAAUUUGAGAAAGAGAAAAUGAGUUUGGAAGAGGAUAAGAGUCACUUUAGACAACAGUUGGAGGAUCUUAGAGAAGAAUUAACAACAAAACUAGCAAUAGCCAAUCAAGAGAUUGCCAGACUGCAAGAUUUGGUGAAGAAAAGUGAGCAAGGGCUUGGGUCAGCGGAGUGUCAUAUCAACAGCCUUAAAGAUGCUCAGGACAGGCUUCAGAAUGAGCUGGAUGUAACACGCGAGAGACUGAGAGAGACCGGUGACUCCUUGCUUGCUGCCCAGCGAGAUCUGGAAAGUGAGAGGCAGCAACAUGAGGCAACAUUGUCUGAUUGCCGGGGAGAGGAAAGAUUAAAGUUGGACAGAGUUGCUCGUGAUCUAGAACUAAAGUGGACUGAAACUCUCAGGCAGGAAUGCAGCAAGCUCCGUGAAGAACUCAAACUGCAGCAUGAGGAGGAUAAGAAGAAUGCUAUGUCCCAGCUUCGACAGCUCAAGGAACGAGAGAUUACCACGGCUAAAGAUGGAUGGCAAAAGAAAGUAGAGGAUCUACUUGACCAGAUCUCAUUGCUGAAGCAAAAUCUAGAGAUGCAGCUGUGCCAGUCCCAGAGUGCUUUACAACAGCUGCAGUCACAGUUCAGUCAAGAGCGCCAGCGUCUUACUAAGGAGCUUCACGAGCUGGAGGAAGAGCAUCAGCACAGGCAGAAGUCAUUGCAAGAAGCACACAUGAUUGCAUUCCAAACCAUGGAGGAUACAAAGGACCAGGAGCAAAAGGAACUUGAAGAUCGGUUGCAUCAGAAAUACUUAGAGGAGCUUCAGACUGUAAAAGAUGCACACAAGCAGGUCAUGGAAGUGCUGCGGCUUGAAAUGGAGCAGGAACUUCAGACUUUACGCUUUGAGCUUGAAGAUGAGGGGAAAGCUAUGCUAGCAUCCCUGCGCUCGGAACUGAACCAUCAGCAUGCUGCAGCAAUAGAUCAACUCAGGUACAACCACCAACAGGAUCUAGAAGAAGCUGCACUAGAGUUUGAGAGGCAAAAGGACAUUAACCAGUGCCAGGAGGCUGAUUUUCUGGUACGAAUAAAAGAUCUUGAGGGUCAGACAAAGCGCCAAGAACAACAUAUAUCGGAUCUGAAUAGGGAAUCAGUGAUACUUCAUGAGAGUAUAAACACUCUAACCAAGGAAUUGGAGUUUAAAGGGAAAGAGAUUCUCCGAAUACGCAGUGAAGCCAAUCAGCAGAUUAGGAUGCAUGUACAAGAUUUAAACAAGAAACAUGAGGAAGAUUUGAAUGACAUAACAGCUGUCCACAUCAGAGAAAAGCAAAAUAUAGUGGCAGAAACUGCAAAGAUCCAAGCACAGCUCAUGGAAAAAAUAUCAACGUUACAAGUUGCGCUAACAGAAAUGGAUGAAAAAUAUCAGAACAGAGAGUCAAGACCAGAAGACCUUCAAGUCAUAGCCGAGUUAAAAGACAUGGUUACAGAACGAGACCAGCUCAUCAAGAAAUUGAUUGAAGACAAGAAGUUUUAUCAGCUUGAACUAGUGAACCGAGAGACCAAUUUCAACAAAGUGUUUAACGCAAGUCCCAAUGUUGGUGUAAUUAAUCCUUUAGUAAAGCAAAAGAAGAAGAAUGAUAAGUCCACAAACAGGUUUGUGAGUGCCCCUAACCUAAGUGCCAUGGAGUCUGGUGGCGUGGGAAAGGAACAUCCUAACCGCCUGGACCCCAUCCCUAACUCACCCAUCCACGAUAUUGAGUUCAACAGCAGCAAGCCUCUUCCACAACCCGUGCCACCCAAAGAGAGCAAGACCUAUGUUAGCCCUCCCCAGACUGAAACGUCACCUGUGGCAUCCCCAGAUCCACAGCGUCAGGAAUGGUUUGCCAGAUACUUCACUUUUUAAGAGACAAUAUUUGAAUACAUUCCUACUACUAUUGUGGCACAGCUUUGAUGUGGACUGUUUGUAAGAGCAUGACCUUGACAAAUCCUUAUGUGACUAAGCUUUGCCGUUAAUACUGUUUGUCAAACACUGUGAACACAAGUAUUUUUCUCCAAUUUAUGUUUGAACCACUCCUUAUGUUUCUUUAAGUGGACUAAAAGUCUCUAGACUUUUAAACAUAUUUUAAUAGAAUUACUGUGCUACCUCCUUGU